GUUUAUUACUGUAUUAAUGAAUAGAUGUCAUUCACUGUAACCAAAGAAACGAUACAUUCACAACAAUGCAUUACAUGUCAUGUACUGUGACUACUGUCAUCUUCUUGGAACGGUGUCCUUCGGCGCAACAGCACGUUGCAUUUUUAGCGUAUGAUGUAUCUGGAUGGGUGGGUCCGUGGGGGAUCAUGCGCAAGUUUACGUAGACUGACGUAGGAACUCCUCCUUUCCCUUUGGUGCAAAUUAGCGUCGUAGCUAACAGCAGCGUCGGGUAUACAGUAGGGAAAGUAUCCCGAAGUAUCCUGCUUUAUGGUAUUUUAUCUGUGCAUAGGGAGAUAAACUGAAAGUUGGUUUCACCGCCUGUAAUAAUGCUACGGGCUAUGAUUUAGUGCUAGAUGUUCCAAGAGCUCUAACCAGUUAGCCAGGUCUUCCCCAGAUUCAGCUCCAUCGCUUGACUCCUCCUACUGGUUGCUUCUGCCCCACCACCACGCUCUGUCACGUUUGGUCGUCCACCACCUCUUGGCUGGCUUCACAGCAGAGCUUCUCCCUUCCCUCGCCGAAGCUCUGAGCGUCGGAAUAGACACAGAACACAGCCAUGGCAGAAAACGCCGGCUUGGAGAACCACCGCAUUAAGAGCUUUAAAAACAAGGGGCGAGAUGUCGAGACAAUGCGAAGACACCGUAAUGAAGUGACAGUAGAAUUGCGAAAGAACAAGAGAGAUGAGCACUUGUUGAAAAAGCGCAACGUUCCCCAGGAGGAGAGUCUCGAGGACUCUGAUGUAGACUCAGACUUCAAAUCGCAAAAUGUAACACUUGAGGCCAUCCUACAGAACGCCACCAGCGACAACGCGGUAGUGCAGCUCAGCGCAGUCCAGGCAGCCAGAAAAUUACUGUCCAGCGAUAGAAACCCUCCCAUUGAUGAGCUGAUAAGAUCUGGAAUCCUCCCCAUUCUAGUCAGAUGCCUGGAGAGGGAUGACAACCCCUCGUUGCAGUUCGAAGCGGCCUGGGCUCUGACCAACAUUGCAUCCGGCACCUCCGCACAGACCCAGGCGGUCGUCAAAAACACAAACGCGGUGCCCCUGUUCCUGCGGCUGCUGCACUCCCCGCAUCAGAACGUGUGUGAGCAGGCCGUGUGGGCGCUCGGCAACAUCAUCGGUGAUGGGCCUCAGUGUAGAGACUACGUCAUCUCUCUGGGUGUGGUCAAGCCCCUGCUCUCCUUCAUUAACCCCUCCAUCCCCAUCACCUUCCUGCGCAACGUCACCUGGGUCAUCGUCAACCUCUGCCGGAACAAGGACCCGCCCCCGCCCAUGGAGACAGUGCAGGAGAUCCUGCCAGCUCUCUGUGUCCUAAUAUACCACACUGAUAUCAAUAUCCUGGUGGACACGGUGUGGGCGCUGUCUUACCUGACGGACGGCGGUAACGAGCAGAUCCAGAUGGUCAUCGACUCGGGGGUGGUGCCCUUCCUCGUUCCCCUGCUCAGCCACCAAGAGGUCAAAGUUCAGACGGCUGCUCUGAGGGCGGUGGGCAACAUUGUGACGGGGACGGACGAGCAGACGCAGGUGGUCCUCAACUGUGACGUCCUCUCGCACUUCCCCAACCUGCUCACGCACCCCAAAGAGAAGAUCAACAAGGAGGCGGUGUGGUUCCUGUCCAACAUCACCGCGGGCAACCAGCAGCAGGUCCAGGCGGUCAUCGACGCCGGACUCAUCCCCAUGAUCAUACACCAACUGGCCAAGGGCGACUUUGGCACGCAGAAAGAAGCAGCAUGGGCCAUCAGCAACCUGACAAUAAGCGGCAGGAAGGACCAGGUGGAGUUCCUGGUGCAGCAAAACGUGAUCCCGCCCUUCUGCAACCUGCUGUCGGUGAAGGACUCACAGGUGGUGCAGGUGGUGCUGGACGGCCUGAAGAACAUCCUCAUCAUGGCGGGAGACGAGGCCAGCACCAUCGCCGAGAUCAUCGAGGAGUGCGGAGGUCUGGAGAAGAUUGAGCUUCUUCAGCAGCAUGAGAACGAGGACAUUUACAAGCUGGCGUUCGAGAUCAUCGACCAGUACUUCUCAGGAGACGACAUCGAUGAAGACCCCAACCUCAUCCCUGAGGCCACUCAGGGCGGAACCUUCAACUUUGACCCCGCCUCCAACCUGCAGACCAAGGAGUUCAAGUUCUAAUUGGGAGCAGGUGUGUAUGGGGGCGUGGCCUAAUCCUCACUUUGGCCCUUCCCCCCUGAUGACAUCACACCCGCUCUGCCAGAUCUACUGGACAUCAGAUUUAUACACACAUACACACUCACUCACUCACUCACACGCAGACAGGUAGGCAAACACGCGCACUGAAGGUCUAGCCUCCUCACCCCGUCACACCUUCUCUGAUGCUUCUGAACGAAUGGACGUAUGAAUGCAAAGCAAAAACACAUAUGGAGAAAAAAAACAACCACAGACUUACAACGAUGAUCACCACCGCCUCCUCUCUCACUGCAGUUGCCAAAAAAUUGCUCUCUUUUUUUUUUUUUCUUCCACUGUUCACUGUCUUACUUUCACACAAACACUUGUUCAAGUAGACUGGAGUCAAUAGAGCCAACUUUGCAUGAAAGGAGCCACACUCGCACCGUUUUCGAAACACACAAAAACACAGAGUUAGCCGACACAUAUUGAACAGACACUUGUGAACAAACCAGGCCUUGUUUUUUUUUUUUUUGGGUCUCUUUUU